AGAGAGGAAAGAAGGAAAAAGAAAGGAAAGAAAGUUUAUUAACGUAAAUAUAAAGAAAAGAAAUGAAAAAUAGAAGGAGAAGGAAAGAAAAAAGAAGAAGAAGAAGAAGAAGAUGGGAAUCGAUCGAAGUAGGGUCGAAACGAACGUAUACUAUAGGCCUCCUCCGAGAGAGAUAAUAAUUCUUUCGUCACCCCCUCCCAUCCCCUACCUGUCCUCUCUCCAUCCCUUCUCCCCAUUGUACUCGUAAUACUGUCAGUCGCGUCGAGCGGAAUACGUGACCUCGAACUUAGGAAAGGCGACCACCACCGGUGAUACGAGAAGAGGAGGAGGUGGAAGAGGAGGAGGAGCAGGAGGAAAAGGAAGAAGAAGAGGAGGAGGAGGAGGAGGAGAAUAACUAAAAGGAAGGGGUGGGAAGUGUGUAGAACGAUAAAUCAAGCAAUUAAGUGUGACAUAUUCGAGCAAAUUUCUGGCCGGGGUACCUACGUAGAUAUUAUACUAGACGAGUAUACAUUUAGCCGAGUCAGCUUGUAUAGAAAGAGAGCGAGCAAGCGAGCGAGCGAGUGAGUGAGUGAGUGAGUGAGUGAGUGAAUGAGCGGGCGAGUGAGUGAGUGAGUGAGUGAGUGAGUGAGUGAGUGAGUGAGUUAAUGAGUGAGGGAACGAGUAUGAGAGGGAGAGAGACAGAAUUAGAGAUAGAGAGAAGGACUUCGUCAUAAAACAUCCAGCUUCGACCCACUUCUACUUUGUAUACAUCUCAAAUGAGCGCUCCUUAGCGAGGAACGUAAACUCGCAAGGCUCAGCAACGUAAUAAUACGUCCCUGAGCAAUGCAUACUCGAGGAUUUACGAGUACUACCCCUCACCCCCUCUCUGUCCUCCUAUCUCUCUCUCUCUCUCUUUCUCUCUCUCUCUCUCUCUCUCUCUCUCUCUAUUCGCUGACGCCCGCAUUGUACGUUACUGCCGCAGUGCAACCGUACUUGCACAUAUGUAUGUGUAUGUAUGUAUGUUUAUAUAUAUAUAUAUAUAUAUAUAUAUAUAUGUAUAUGUAUUUAUGUAGGUAUGUAUGUAUGUGCAUAUGUCCGCGUACGAUGCGUGUCUGAAGUGUAUGUAAUUAUGUCCGGGUCGCUCCGGUUACAUAGGCAAGCGGAAUCAGCUGUUAAACUCCUCCUCCCCUAGUGUAAACAACGUUCGAGUAAAGGCCGAUGCGCUCGAAUCUGAGAGGACACGAUGCCAAGAAGUCGUAGUUCAUUUCCAAGAGUCGAAGCACUGUUGCUGCUAAGUCUCGCCAUGCUCCUCGUUCAACUCGACAUCUGUUGGUGUACGCUAUCCCAUAGAAGCAGACAUCAUGCUGAAUUAUCACACGAGGAGGUGAAAAAUUUUCGACAGGACGAACAACAUUAUCCAAGAGCGGAGGCAUUUAGUUCGAAUCCUAACGAUGAUCCAUUGAUCGUACAAACCAGAAAAGGCAAGGUCAAAGGAAAGACAUUAACGGCAACGACUGGAAAGGAGGUCGAUGCUUGGUUAGGCAUACCUUAUGCGCAAAAACCUUUGGGACCAUUAAGAUUUCGACAUCCAAGACCGGCCGAACGUUGGAAUGGUGUUCUCAAUACGACAACUUUGCCAAACAGUUGCGUCCAAAUUCUCGACACGGUGUUUGGGGAUUUUUCUGGUGCCACCAUGUGGAAUCCAAACACACCGUUGAGCGAAGACUGUCUUUACGUUAACGUGGUAGCACCACGUCCAAGGCCUACUAACGCCGCUGUCAUGGUAUGGAUAUUUGGAGGUGGUUUCUAUUCCGGCACAGCAACGUUGGACGUUUACGAUCACAAAACGUUGGUCUCCGAGGAGAAUAUUAUUCUCGUAUCGAUGCAAUAUAGACUCGCGAGUUUAGGUUUCCUGUAUUUCGGGACAUCAGACGUACCAGGUAAUGCCGGUCUCUUUGAUCAAAUAAUGGCACUCCAAUGGAUACGUGACAAUAUCGGUGCAUUCGGUGGUAAUCCCGACAACAUAACGCUAUUUGGAGAAAGUGCAGGAGCCGUGUCCGUUUCGAUGCACCUUCUUUCGCCAUUGUCCAGGCACCUCUUCAAUCAGGCGAUAAUGCAAUCGGGUUCAGCGACAGCCCCCUGGGCUAUAAUCUCACGAGAGGAAUCGAUAGUACGAGGUAUCAGGUUAGCGGAAGCCGUUGGUUGCCCACACGAUCGGAAUAACUUGCAAGAGGUAAUCGAUUGCCUGAUCGUUAAGGAUUCAAAAGAUUUGGUUGAAAGCGAAUGGGGUACAUUGGGCAUAUGCGAAUUUCCAUUUGUACCUGUUAUCGACGGGACGUUUCUUGAUGAAACCCCACAACGUUCAUUGGCCAGUUCCUCAUUUAAAAAGGCCAAUAUCCUAAUGGGCUCUAACACCGAGGAAGGGAUUUACUUUAUCAUAUAUUAUCUUACCGAAUUAUUUCGAAUCGAUGGUACCGAGGAUGUUAAAGUUACUAGAGAACAAUUUGUCAACGCCGUCUCGGAAUUGAAUCCUUACGUUAAUCAAAUAGGACGUAAUGCUAUUAUAUACGAAUAUACGGAUUGGCUUCAUCCAGAGGAUCCCGACAUCAAUCGGGAUGCCAUUGAUAAGCUCGUAGGCGAUUAUCAAUUCACCUGCAACGUCAAUGAAUUUGCCGGCCGAUACGCCGACACUGACAAUACCGUCUACAUGUACUACUACAAGCACAGAUCAGCGAACAAUCCUUGGCCAAAAUGGACCGGAGUCAUGCAUGCCGACGAAAUUAAUUAUAUAUUUGGGGAACCAUUAGACUCUACGAAAGGAUACACGCAAGAGGAGAUCUUACUUUCUAAAAGGAUGAUGAAGUACUGGGCCAAUUUUGCAAAAUCCGGAGAUCCAAACAUUGGUGAUUCGACCUCGUGGACGCUUCCUCAUUGGCCGACUCACACUGCCGUUAAGAAGGAGUAUCUCACUCUCGAUACAAACAAUUCCGAUGUUGGUUACGGAAUCAGAACGAGACAGUGCGCCUUUUGGAAAAGAUAUCUUCCACAAUUACUCGCGGAUACGUCGAAACUCGAAAUGCCACCGAAGGAUUGCAGCAGUGCCAGAGGGAAUCAUGAUCUUGGGAUGAAUGGUAUAAUAUUACAUUCCCACCUCAUUUUGGUAUUUGGUUUAACCCUUGGAACGAUUGCAUUAAUGCGAAUGAGGACGACGUUAGAACUUUCUGGUACCUACGAAGCUGCACCUCGUUUAACGCACGUCGCACGAGCCGUCCUCACUCCUAUGGGAACUCCAAGUCGUUGAUCUAAUAGCUAAUAACAAUAACAACAACAAUAACAACAACAGCAAGAAGAAGUAGUCGAAUGGUAGUCGAGAAACGAGUACAUAAUAUAUAUAUAUAUCGAAAGAGAUCGAGCAAAUAAUCGUUGAAAUAAAACAAAACAAAACAAAACAAAACAAAAAAAAAAUAUAUAUAUAUAUAUAUAUAUACAUAUACCAAUGAUUCUGGUACGAUGAGGCAGGUAGCCGAGUUGACGUUGAUGAAAGAAAAAGGAGAAAAAAAACGAGUAAAAAAAGAAACAAAACAAAAAAAAAAUGAUUAAAAAAAAAGGACAAAAAAACAAAUAAAAAGAAAAGAAAAAGACAAAAAAAAAAGGAAGAAGAAGAAGAAGAAGAAGAAGAAAUAGAAAAGAUAUGAAGAUAGGACGAGGAAAAUAGUGAAAGAUUAAAAAAAACAGACAUAUCAAUCGGUAAUUCCCCUUUGUCAUAAAACAAGGGGGAUGAUGUUGUCAUAAAGUAAGGGUAUGAGAUGAUGAUAAUCUCGUCGGGUACGAGAUAACGAAAGCCAAAAUCGACGACCAUCGAGAUAAUAAGAUGAUGACGACGAUAACAACGAUGACGAUGAUGACGAUGAUGAUGACGAUGAUAAUGAUGAUGAUGAUGAUGAUGAUGAUAACGACGAUGAGGGUUAGGACGACGAUGGAAAUAUAUCUUCCGAGAGUUCUUAAGAAAGAAAAAGAAAAAAAGAAAAGAAAGAACGAGACAACAAUAACAACAAACACAAGAAGUAUAUAAAUAUAUGUAUAUGUAUAUAUAUAUAUAUACAUAUAUAUAUAUAUAUAUAUAUAAAUAGAUUAAAUCGUCGAACGGAGAACGUAAUGUCGGCCAUUAUCCUUCUCACGCGUUCUCCGACGAUCAACCGCGAUAUGGAUUAAUGAAGUGCAAUGAAGAAAAUGUUGUAGAGAAAGAGAGAGAGAGAGAGAGAGAGAGAGAGAGAGAGAGAGAGAAAAUGAACGAACGAACGAACGAAUGAAUGAACGAAUGAAUAUGUGAAUGAAUCAGAGUGAAAACGAGAAGACAAUGUGGAUGAAUGAACGAUCUGCCGCGAAUAUUUCAUCCAUAUUAGCUCCGUUCUGAAAUGAUGCCUGAUGAUGAUAAUGAUGAUGAUAAUGAUGACUGAUUUGAUAGGAUGCGUGAAUCUCUAGGUUGGAAGAGGCCAUGAUCAAAAAUUAUUGCUUGCAUUUUAUGUGUAUAUAUACAUAUAUAUAUACAUAUAUAUAUAUAUAUAUAUAUAUAUAUAUAUAUAUAUAUAUAUAUGUAAAUGCUAGGUUCGAACGUUCGGAGCUGAACAUCGACGAAUCACUUAUUCCAAUCGUGAUAAAUACUUCCUAAGGUAACCUCCAAGGUUAAAGGAAGUUACUAACGACUCCAUUAUCGUCUACCUUUCUCUCUCUCUCUCUCUCUCUCUCUCUCUCUCUCUCUCUCUCUCUCUCUCUCUCUCUCACUCCCC